CAGCGACCAGUCAAGCAGUCUUUGAGUUCCUCCAUGUGCCGAGACUCCCAAUGGAAGUGCCUCCUCCUCUCCAUUCUUAUGUAUGGCUGCCUGGGGGCCGUAGCUUGGUGCCAAAUCACACAAGUAACUAAGCUCAGCUUUGAUAGUUCUUUCAAAGGCAAAACUAUGAUUUACCAUGACAGCCCUUGCUCUGAUGGAUACAUCUAUAUCCCGUUAGCAUUUCUCGCUAUGCUUUAUGUGGUCUACUUGGUGGAGUGUUGGCAUUGCCGUGCCAAAAGUGAACUUCAGUACAAGGCUGACGUUGAAAGUGUUUACGACCGGAUCGCCAAAAUGAAGCAGGCUACGCCAUGUAUAUGGUGGAAGGCCAUAAGCUACCACUUUGUCCGACGAACCAGACAGGUGACUCGAUAUCGCAAUGGCGAUGCUUAUACAACUACCCAGGUCUACCAUGAAAGAGUGAACACCCAUGUGGCUGAAGCUGAGUUUGACUACUCUCACUGCGGAUUCAAGGAUAUCUCUAAGGAGCUGAUGGGCUUGGAAUUGUUUUCAGCUACAAAACUAAAAUUCACCAAAUGUUUCAGUUUUGCUAACACAGAGUCUGAGAACUCUUACCUGACACAGAGGGCUCAUUUCUUCACCGAGAUUGAAGGGCUGGAUGACUACAUGGAGAUCAGAGAAGGAAUGAAACUCAAGAAUGUAGACUUCAAAGAACUCAUGAUGGCA